AUGUCUAGCAUGCAGCAACGGCAAAGUCGAAAGCCUACAAUCUAUCAAGUCGUCCGGCUGGUAUUUGCCAUACUGACGUUUGCGACCGGUUGUUUGAGCAUCGUUUUCUCCCAACUGCUGGUGAAUGUGAUGUUAGGUGGCGAUGAGCGAUUAAGAACGCGCUGCAUCGGUUUCACAAAGCGCAAUUUCGUGAUUCUGAUUACUUUUAUAACAAGUCUUACAUGCCCAACGGAUCUCGAACUGUCAUUUGAUCCCGAUACCGUUUCGUGUCGCGAGGUUCUGGCCAAUGCCGAACGGUCCUUGUUGAAUCUAGAUACUAGCGCCAUUUUGAUUGCCAAUCACCAACUAUACACUGAUUGGGUCUUCUUAUGGUUUGUCUCUUAUCUGAAUGAAUGCGCUGAGAACUUCUACAUCAUUAUGAAGAAGUCGCUGGAAAGAAUACCAGUUUUGGGGUACGGCAUGAAGAAUUACGAUUUCAUUUUCCUUAAUCGAAAAUGGGACUUAGACAGGUCAUAUAUGAUUCAAAAGUUUGCGCAUCUAAGUUGUGUCAAAAAGCAUUGGCUGCUUAUUUUCCCAGAAGGUACAAAUUUGAGCCCCAACACUAAACCAAGGUCAGACGAUUUCAUGACAAGGCAGCAGCUCGAUUUUAAACUAGAUCAUGUGUUGCUCCCCCGCGUGAAAGGACUGUACCUAGCGUGUAAACACAUGCACAAAAAGACAAAUCUUAUUCUCGAUUUCACAAUGGCUUACAGUGACCAUCUUGCGACAGAGUAUGCUCAAGACUCGUUCACUUUGCGCUCAAUCUAUCUGCUUGGAAAGGGUCCGAAGCGCUUAAGCAUGUUUGUCAGAGCAAUUGAUAUAAGUUCGAUUGACGGAUGCACUUUCGAUGAGGACGCGAGCGAGGAAGAAGAAGAAGAGGAUAUGAGAAAAUUUGAAGUUUGGCUGAACAAACUUUGGGUGCAAAAGGAUAAAAUGAUGGACAACUAUUACAAAACAGGGCAUUUGGUGGAGGGGGUCAAAUCAACCAAAAUGCCCUUGAAACUUCGCAAUAGAUUUGAAAUUUUGAAUGUCUAUGCUAUACCCGUCGGGUUCCUUCUUCUGACCUGGCUCGCCUGUCGUCUAGUUACUACAUUGUUACGUUAAAAUGUUAUUUGACCAAUCACGCAAUAGCAUGAAUCUGGAUUCGCUUCCAAAUAACGUCUACAAGCUAAAGCCAAAAACUAUUAUGUCAUGAAAUAACUAUUGACUUCAUCCUAUGAAAAUUUCUCUUGGUUCGUAUCUGUGGUGGAGAAACAUGCCAGUAGCUCCGUAUUAGUUCAAAAUUUCAUAUCGACUGCACAUAAACAGGGCACAGCGACGUUGUUACUUGUCAUGCUGUAUUUCCUAAAUUUCACACUUUUCUCACUUAGAACUAUCGAAGUCGUCCCAUGUGAGUAUAUUAAGUGGUCUUGCAUAAUAAAGUUUCUCGUAUCCUUCUCUUUUAUUCUCAUCGUCGUAUUCCGCUGUGUAGUCUUGUUUCAGGGUUUUUGAAUUGUGGCUCUCAAACUCCUUCGAUCCCCUGAAUGUGAUUUCUGGCAUGAUGAUAACAUCGUCGACCUGUGUGGGGCCAACAGCUAGGCUAAGCAGCUUGUAUGAAAUGCGGUCUUGUGUUUCAGGUCCCACAAUCUUUUGUGGUAAUAAAUCUUUGUCUGUUCGCGCAACCCUGUAGAUGAAAGGAGAUUCAAGCUCAUUCAGAUACUCAAAUAAAGUGUCAGUGAAAACUGAUUCACCAGUACAUUGUGUUAGUGGUUCACCAUUGCUAUCCAGAUUCUCAAAAGCUGUAUUCCAGUCAAUCUCGUGAAUGAUGCGAUCAUCGUUGUGAACCAUAUAGGUAAUUCGAGCAAUAAGCUUUGCCAAAAAAGGGUGGUGGGACUUUGCUUUAAAAAGCUUAUUUGAAAAUGAUAACCUUCUGUUGUAUAGCAACGUCCAGUUUUCGUCGUUGUAGUCUGUGGAAAUGCCCACCAUCAGCUUACCAGGAAUUAUUCGAGAUUCAUACCAGUAUUUCAUCGGUUUCACGCAAAUUGUAUCAAUGUCUGCAAACAAUCCACCGCCAAUGUACACUAUCAGGUACUUGAGAAACUCAUAUUUGAGCCGGGGAUCUGGAAGUUUGAGUAGUGCAUCUAAAACCUCUGGCACCUGGUCCUUGAGAUAAUCUGAAACUAAAGAUUCUCCUUCGGACGUCAAAAUCAAAUUAUGGUUGUAGUCAUCAUUCACCAGUCUCCAUCGUUGAAUGUGAGGAAAGCAAUUGACUGGAAAUUUCCUGUCGUCUGGUCUUUGUUGCCACAUCUGCCAAAUAUUGUUUUCAAUUUCACCUUCUGCGUCGUAAGGAAAAUAGUGAAUAAGUCGGGCCUCAAUUGUAUACAUAUCAUGAAUAUUCUUUCGAGGAGGUGGGGUCUUGAUCAGAGUAGCAUUUCCAAAAAAGCUCUGUGGAUAAAAGUCUGACAAGCUAUACCGCUUUCUGACAGAAUUGGUAGGAUCACCCAAACUCAAGUUUAACAAUAUGAACACAGCAACAGUGGACAAGAUCAUAUACUUAUAGCUUCUCCAAAGGUUGUAAAUAUACCGAGGCACUUGAGAUGGGGCCAUUUCCUUGGUAUUGGGUCCCGGAGAUUCGAUGUACCUGCUAAAGCUCGAAUACAUGGGGACAGAAUU